AUGGCUUUUUUAAUCAAAAAGAAAAAGUUCAAGUUUCAGGUGCAUUUCACUCUGGAGGAGCUGACAGCAGUGCCUUUUGUCAACGGAGUUCUGUUCUGUAAGAUCCGGCUGGUGGACGGUGGAGACUUUGUCAACUUAUCAUCCAGGGAGGAGGUACAGCAGAACUGUGUUCGAUGGGCGAAGAAGUUCUCAUUUGUGUGUAAAAUGAGGGCUAAUCCUAUUACAGGAGUGUUGGACCCAUGCAUCUGCAGAGUCUCUGUACGCAAGGAACUGAAGGGAGGAAAGACCUACUCUAAGCUGGGUUUUGCUGAUCUCAACAUUUCUGAGUUUGCUGGUUCAGGCUCAACGGUCCGCUGCUGCAUCCUGGAGGGUUAUGACACCAAAAACACCCGGCAGGACAACUCUAUCCUCAAGGUAACCAUUGGGAUGACUCUUCUGUCUGGAGACCCCUGCUUUAAAACGCCUCCCAGUACAGCUAAAUCUGUGCUGAUUGGUGAUGAGGAUCCCAACCUGCAGCUGGACUGUAAGGGGGAGACCACCAACGCCACAAUGCAGCCACUAGGAGGCAUCGGAGAGGGACCUUGUGCCGUUAAACCCAGACAGUCGUCUGUACGUAGUUUAGGGCUGCCUGAGCAUGGAGACAGCAUUCCCAAUCCAGAUGAAGUCUUCCCAACUCGGCAUGUCCGGAGCGCCAGUCAGCACAGUAAAAUAUCAGGCUACAGCACAGGUCACUCUCACUGCUCCAGCCUGACCAACCUCAGUCACCACAGAAAUGCCUCCUCUAGCAGCAGCGCCUCCUGCGGGGUUGCUCACUCCUGUCAGCCACCUCCCUCCACUCCCACCAAUCCACUCCGACAAGCAACUCCUACCAAGCCAGAGAGACCUCCUCCCCCCUCUGCAGCAGCUCUGCUGUCCCACAGGUCCUCCAGGAGGAAGAAGGAUGCUGUGGAGAGUCAGCCCAGCUGUGUGGACGACACUCGCAUUGAUGCCGAUGACAUUGUGGAGAAGAUUGUUCAGAGUCAGAACUUCUCUGACAGCAGCAGAGACGAAGACAGCCAGUUGAGACUGUUUGUCAACAAAGACGGGACCACCGCCCUCAGUGGGACGCAGCUCACCACCAGAGGAACGCCAGGGAUCUUUGAGCCGGUGGUGAUAGAGACUCGCUGAGACGUGGAUCAGCUUUUCUCCAGCUUCAUCAGCGGAUGUUUCUGUAGGACCAAGUUAUAUAUGAUGGAAAUUCUUCUCAUGUGCUAAACCAGGUGGUGGGAACUAGUAGAGUAAUGCCUCAAACAAAGUGAGAGCAGGAAUAUAAUUUGAGUGAGUCACAGUCCCAGUAUCCCCGUCCACUCCAGAUGUUUGCAUGAACGUCCUGCUGCAGCUGUCUUCCCUUUAAAUGCAGGUACAGAAACUGAAUCAGUACCACAGAACCUGGCAGGAUCCAGUCCUAUGUCAGAUCUCCUGUUAUCUGUUCAUUGAGGAACUUUAUCACAAAUGUUUGUAGUUUCAGGCCUUUAAAGUGGUGAGAUGUUCUGCUCAUCCAGGUUAGACCUGCAGGGAGUGUCGCUGAUUCAUUCCUGGGAGAUUUGAAUUGUUCCUGCUGCUGAGCGUUCUGGUCGGGUAUGGCCUGAUGUCUUAUGUACAGCAGGAAGGAUUCUGGUUGAAGCCCAUUUGUGUUUGGGAGUUUCCAGUAAUCCAGAAAUAAUUAGGUUUAAAGCAGUAGGUGAGUCUCAGAGCGGUUCCUGAUCCAGUUCAAGGGAAAACCUGUCUUUCAAACUGACAGAAUUUUCAACAAACCAAUCCUCGGUCCAAAUGUAGAAACAUGACAACAAAGUGUUCAGUUCAGAGUAUGUUACUCAGGAUAAUACUGGGUCAGAACCCUCCAACCAGUUUUGUUUGCACUCAUUACCUUAAAGUGCCUGUGACCUCGAUUUUUUAGGAUAAGUCCAAUUACAUUUAUGGAAAAGAAGCAUUCAUAAAAUAUUUAAAAAAGUAUAUUCAUGCCGCUGAAAUGAACAGUUGUUGAGAUAUAUGGACAUAAAUUUCACUAAAAAGGCAUUUCCAGACGACUCCUUUGAGAUUUUGUUGCGCUCUUUUAUGACAUCAGAGGGGAACCUCCUCAAUAAACUGACUGCUGCUACAAUGGCAGCAACACAGACAGCAGCAAAGAAUCUGAUGCUUCUUUAGAUAUAUUUCAGUCAGUAGAAGAA